UUCCGUUAACGGUGCUUGACGUAGGUGGAAUUAACCCUUUCCCGGUUCACGUCCACACGUAUCCGCAUUAUCCUGUAGCACACGCGGAUGCACACGCGUGCCUGAAAAUACUGCAGGUAUACCCGCAUAGCGGUGAGAAUUUUCAAACGAAAAUUCAAAAUUUAAAAAAGAAAAAAAAACAAAAAAAAAGCAUUGAAAACUUGCAACGAAAAUGCCUGAAUGGCACGAGAUUUCCACCGAUUUCUGAAACAGACAGACACGGCCUUCACCUCGGCCGCUGCUGCUGCUGCUGCUGUUGCAAGGAAUCGCGCGUAGCUGAUGCGAGUUUAGGUUGGGUGACGUGGGCGUUCCAACUGACUCACCAGCUGGAUCCCUAAGCGCCUCGUCAACAUCCUAACGUAGUUCCAGGCCCGGGAGGAACGGACAAGCGCAAAUAGAUUUCAAGGCCCCCCGACAAGUUGCGGAAAAACAAGAAAAAAAUAAAGAAAAAGGUCGGCUGCAGUCUGCAACCCCUUUCUCAGACCUGAAGCGACAGUUUCCCGGUAUACGUGAAACGCGGCGGGCCGAGAUCAAGGUGAAGUUCGAGUACCUGUUGCCUUCACACCCCCGCUGAUGUAUCGCUCGCUGCAUAUACGCUGCAGCUGCUGAUGCCAGAUGUACCUUAAACACCCGAUACACUUGUAUUUGUCCCACCAGGUAUUAACACAAACGAUGGAGAACAACGCUAACACGAGCGUAAAACACCAGAAAAGAGGUCCGCAGUCAUUUAAGCAGGCGGAAGAAGUCGGACUUAUCGGCAGCAGAAUCUGGACCCAACCGGAACUGACGAUACUGUUGCACGAGUACAAGAAACGGGAAUUUCUAUACGACAUGAAGAACGUGAACUACCGCAAUAAGUUUGCGCGUGAACAGGCGCUCAAGGAAAUUGCGGAUAUUUUGUGCAAAGUAAGGCCACAAACAACCGCGAUGGACGUCAAAUUGAAAUUCAAUAUUUUGAGAACUCAGUAUCACGCCGAGUUGUCGAAAGAGAAAAAAUGCGCCGAAAGUGGAAAGUUUCACUUGUCAACCCUUUGGUUCAUGGAUCACAUAAAAUUUGUGAGAGGUCAUAACCGUCGUGAAAUAUACGGCAGGCGUGAAAACGAAUCGUCGUCGGACAACAAAAGUUUUGAGCAACUGCCUCAGGUCAAUUACGAGGAUCAGGCCAGUCUGUCCGAAGAUUGCUUCGCGGAAAAUGACGAGAAGUACGAUGAGUUUGAGGACAAGGAGGCCAGCAACGCGGAGGAUCCGCUGUCCACGUUAAAAAAACGGCCAACACCGUCGGAUGUGAAAACGGAAAUGGUGUUUCUGGACACGGAAAGCGAGAUGACGUCCGAUUUUCUCGACGACAAGGAGGACGAGGACGACGGAUCUAGUCUGCCGGUUAUCAGCUUGGCGACGUCGACCUUGCACCAAAAGAGAAGCGGAAAAACUGGCGAGGAAGGCGAAAAUCCCCGGAAGGCCGAAAGCUCGAACGAAGCCGCCAAGGAAAGUUCGGUUCGAACUUCCGAGGAGGAUCUAUUUGGGCAAAUUGUUGCGAAAAAAUUAAAGAAGAUAACCAACCCGAGAAAACGCGCCGAUGCUGAGCUAAAAAUAUUUAGCAUUUUACACUCGGCUUUCAUCGACGAGCUCGAUACGUGAAUAAAAAUUUUUUUUAACUAACUAUUUUAUGUAUUUAAUUCCCGAGUAGUCAUAAGGCGGCCUAUGAACCUUCAUUUUCACUUUUUUCUUCCACGUGUUUUUGUUUACAAAACUUCAUAAAAUACUCCGAGAAUAAAUCAACCGGAAUGAAAUUUUUGUCUAUAAGGGAAGUCGGGAGAAAAUAAUAAAAUAAUAUCAAUUAUAAAUUAUAAGUGUACAGAACUUUUGGGGAGAGUGAGAAAGUUAUGCUUUAAUCGAAGUAUGACUGACAGUGAAAUGUUUCGAGCGAUAAAUUAAAUGGGACGUAAUAAGCUUACAUUUAACUAUAAUACAAUACUUUUCACCUCGCAAAUUCUCUUUGGUAAAAAAAUUUCGGUCAGCUACACAUGCAAAUGAUGAACUUCCAGUAAUACCAUAAAAUGAGGUCAGAUAUCCAAGGGUUUUUGGAUCAUCCAAGUAAGCUGAAGCAAUUCAAGUAAAAAAACCCGUCAGUCUCUUUUUUUUUUUAGAAAAUUAAGGACAGUUUUAUACUCCUGUCCCAUAAUGUACCAUGCUUUCUUGAUAAGUAAGGAAAGAGUACAUGCGUUUACUUACCGUGUCGUGUUGGAUGAACGACGAUCAAGUACGAAGAUGGAGGGUGGUUAACGUUAUACUGAUAUUUAGUCAUUUAUUUUGCAAAAUAAACUGACAUGUAUAAUAUGGUAUACUUUUGGAAACAGCAGAAAUGAAUGUUUACUUUUUAUUUCCCCCUAUAUUUAUAUUUAUGGUAAUAGCACGACAACAAUGUUACUUUCGAGUUUCGAUCCAUACCUUGUCACGUUUUUUAAAAAACGAAGAAGAGAAAAAGCAACCCAAAACAAAGAUAAACUUAGGUAACCCCGAAAAGCGGAAAAAAAAACAGCAAUAACUCGGAUAUUGCACAAAUGUUUUAAAAAAUUUAAACGAAUUAUAUAUAGCUAUUCAAGCUUCAGAAUUUAUAAAUAUAUACGUUAUAAUGUAAACGUUAGCGAUAUUUUUGAGAGCGUUUUCCACCGUCGCGC